AUGGCGGAGGGCUCUUCUAGGGGUUACCCGUCCGACUCCGGGGACGGGUGGAGAUUGGUGCUCCAUGAACCCGACGUCGUCGAGGUGUCGGCGGAGACUGCCGCUCAGUGGAGCUCUUCCCGUCGCAAGAAGCUGAAGCUGCCCCAGGUUAUUCCUUUUGACAUAAUUGAACUUGAUGCUGAUGAUGAUGAUCCUGAUGGAGUUAUGAUAAUUGGUGAGAAGGUAUCAAAUCAAAAGAAGAAGCAAGCACUUGUUCAUAUGGAUUGGCCAGAGCAUACAACGGAACUACAGAGCGGUAUGUCUACAAAUUUGGCUGGCCCAAGUGUUAUUCCUGUCAUAGAUGCUUUCUCAUGGAAUGGCCUGGGAGGUCAUCAUGACAAUGUUGCUGGUCCAAGUGCUAUUCCUGCCACAAAUUUUUAUCCUUGGGAUGGCCUAGGAGCAUAUCAUGGAAACAAUGUUGCUGGUCCAAGUGCUAUUCCUGCCACAAAUUUUUAUCCUUGGGAUGGCCUAGGAGCAUAUUAUGGAGGUGCACUGUUACCCCCAUUUUAUUCUAAUGAGUUUGUUGGGGCACCUGGAGAGGAUCACAGUAAUAAAUACUAUAAUUAUAGCACUUCACUGAUGGAAAGUGGUAGCAGCUUUAACUCUGGUGCGAAUAAUUACAUGGAUGUUCCACCUGGUCCGGGAGCAGUUUUACCAUGGGGGUACAUGCCUUCAACUGAGAUGCCACAUCAGCCCAGUCAAACUAAGGUCGUCAACAGUGAAAUUGAUGAAAAGUAUAAGACAUUUAAACAGUUUGAUACUGUUAGUGACUACAGUGACAAUUUCUAUGCAUUGACAGGCCAAAGGAAUGUUCAUGCUGUUAAGAAGCCAUCAAAGGCCUGGGUGAAGCGGAUUCAACAUGAUUGGAAAGUCUUAGAGAAGGAUUUGCCAGAGACAAUAUAUGUACGAGUUUAUGAGGAUAGAAUGGACUUGCUUAGAGCUGUCAUCGUUGGACCAGCAGGCACUCCAUAUCAUGAUGGGCUUUUCUUCUUUGAUGUCUAUUUCCCUUCUCGAUAUCCAAGUAAACCUCCGCUAGUGAAUUACCGAUCUGGAGGAUUGCGGCUUAACCCAAAUCUCUAUGAGUGUGGUAAAGUCUGUCUUAGCCUCUUAAACACCUGGUCUGGUACUGGAUGCGAGAUGUGGAACCCAUCUAAUUCAACCAUGUUGCAAGUCCUGGUCUCCAUUCAGGCCUUAGUGUUGAAUUCCAAACCUUAUUUCAAUGAACCUGGGUAUGCAAUGCAUGCUAACACUUCUCAAGGCGAGAAGCAAUCUAUGGUGUACAAUGAAGAAACAUUUCUGCUAUCCUGCAGAACAAUGCUCUACUCUCUUCGGAAUCCACCAAAGCAUUUUGAGGACUUCAUUGUUGGGCAUUUCCGCAAUUAUGGGCGCAAAAUCCUGAAAGGAUGCAAGUCAUACAUGGCCGGUGCCCAAGUUGGUUGCCUUGUCGGAGAUGGGGUGCAGGAUGUUGAUGAGGGUGACAAAAGUUGCUCCAACAACUUCAAGGCCUCACUUAAGCCGUUAUUCGAGGACCUACUGAAGGAAUUCACCAAUAUAGGAGUUAACUGCGAUGAAUUCCGGAAUCCUGGAGAUACUAAAACCGAAGAAGACACCAUACUGAAGUUAUAG